CGUUUGAGAGAAACGAUCAAUGGUUUCUACUCAAAACUUAUACGCAGGUUUAGGAGAAGGGCAAUCCACCAUGAGGCCUCCAUUAUUUGAUGGAACGAAUUACACAUAUUGGAAGGAGCGAAUGAGAAUUUUCAUCCAAUCCAACAACUUUUUCCUAUGGAGAAUUAUCAAGAAUGGGGAAGAAGUGCCCAUGAAGAAAGUUGGGGAAACCACCGUUCCCAAAACCGAAGACGAAUACGAUGCGCAGGAUAUCAAGAAAAUAGAGAACAACGCCAAGGCUAUCAACAUUCUCUAUUGUGCAGUAAAUCUGGAUGACUACCGGAAAAUUUCAUGUUGUUCCACCACUAAGGAUAUGUGGGAUAAGCUCGAAAUCACGUAUGAAGGAGGUCAAAGAAAACGAUCUUGCACCGGGAAGAACGUUGCUUCCUCCUCGGCUCCUCCUCCACCACCGGCGCACAAGUACCUCGAUGGGUCGUUCCUUUGGUUCAACGACCGCGCAGAGGCGACGCGGUUCUCGGAGAAGUUUGAGCACCGGGAAAUUCUCCCUCCCCGAUUCUCCACCGCCCGCUUCAUUCAUGAUUCCAUUCCACGUGAGGCACGGGUUAUCCUCGAACGUGGAAACUUCCUCAACCUCCUCUACAUCAAGAAGGCUCAUUAUCACCCUUUUCUUGUUCGAGCUUUCUACUCAAACUUGACAAAGGAUGAGGACGGAGCGUUGAUUUCUAACGUCAACGGGGUGGACAUCUAUUUGAAUGAGGAAAACAUUCAAAUCCUCACCGGGCUUCGUCGGGACGGACAGGAUCUUGGGCUCUACGUCGGAGAAGAAGGAGCGCGGUUCAACGAGACCGCCCUCUUGGAGGAAGUGGGCAUCCGAAAAUUCGUCCCCACUCCCCAACAGCGGCGCCCUAUGAUUGCUUCCAUGAGUCCCGUGUUUCGAUUCAUUUUUUAUGUUUUGACACGGAUUCUCAAGCCUAGGAAGUUCAAUCACACCACUCUCUCCCAGGAGGACACGGAGAAAAUUCAUGCGAUGAUUCACAACGCCAAUCUCAAUUGGUUUAAAUUUGUGAUGACUCACAUGUUCACCGCCACCUCCGACAACCGGCCGCUCCCCUACGCCCUCCUCGUCAUGGCGAUUCUUGAAGAGUAUAACAUCAAAACCGAUGUUGGGCCAAAGAUAAAGGGGAUAAAGCAUUGGGAUAUUGAUGAAUCCUCUUUCCACUCAGGCACCGAUGAGACUCCGUUCCGACAGCCUCGUCCAUGCCGCCAACCGAGAGCCACUGCCUCGACCGCCGCCGCUUCGACCAACCCUUCUCUUGCCGAGCAAAUGGCAGCCUUGACCGCCACUCUCUCUCGGAUCGACACCAACGUCUCCCAAACGGCACAAAAUGUUUUGAUAAUUGCCAAACCGCCGUGGAUACGAAGAGUUUCGUUGAAUAACUCAAGGCGUGAAGAAUGGCUUGGAACAAGACCAAAAAGACUCAAGGACAAGAUCAAGAAUUGAAGACUUAGUCGAGUCGGUCUUUUGUGAUCAAAACCGACAAUAAAUUCAAGUCUCGGUUCUCAAAGAGUCAAAACAAUUUUUACAAAUCAUAAAAUAUUUUGUGUGCAUCAAAAUAAAUACUUCUGAUGAUUUUUUAUUGAUUAAAAUCCCUGGUCCUUG